CACUGGAUUUCAAGGAGAAGGACUACUAUUUGGGAGUCAUGAGUGGGUUUAUUUCGGUCACGAGGCGGUCGAGUGGAUUGCCAGCAGGGGUGAUUGAAGAUUAUGCUUGAUGAAGAAAGUGUGCUAGAUGAAGCAGCUGUCCUAGAAGAAUCAGCUUCAGAAGUACUACACACCUUGAACUUCAUUCAUUAUGUUCUUGUUCAUUCCUACACAUAUUCGUCCCCCUUCCCCUGCUCUCGUCCCCUUUCAGACUCUCCUGACCGACAACACCGUCCGACGACCGCAGCAACCUAUGGCGCGCUCUUUGAUCAUGAUGUUAGAUCCUAAAGCACAGUACCUUUUGGUAGAACUGUACUCCGCUGAAGGCUUACCUGUCGUCGACACCGAUAGAAACACGACGAAUGCUAUGGCCAGACUGACCUACGAUGGUUGCGUUCUGGAGUCGACAGUAAAUUACAAUACGCUGAGACCUGUUUGGGUAUGGCUGGGGAGAUCUAGAGCUUACAGCUUUUUAUCAGCUUAAAAGAAAGACGCCGGAGAGUACAUUUUCUUGCCCUUUAAGUAGCCUACUUGAAGUUGCGGCCUAUUUAGAUCGUACACGGUCCGGGUCCAACAUCUCUCCUCCAACAUCUCUCCAACCUUCCCCCUCCAACAUGAUCUCUCCCAGCUUCGGCUUCCUCCUUUCAUUCCUAAACCAGUACCUCCAUUUCCCAGUCCGCUACGUGAAUCCCGCGAUCCGAAGUGAC